AUGAGCGAAUAAAUAUUUUUGAUAGAUAACGAAUUUUUCAAUAAGGGAGAGAAGGAUGAGAAUACUCUCUACAUUACUCUCAUGCUAAAUAGACCUUAGUAGAUUGGUUUAUUUGAAAAAAUUAUAACAUUUACUGAUUUCUUGGUUUGUGCUGAUGGAGGAGCUAAUAGACUCUAUGAUUUAGAAUCUAUCAAAGAUUAAUAUUUACCAAGAGCUAUUGUUGGAGAUCUUGAUAGUAUUAAACCUCACGUUAAGAAGUAUUAUGAAGAGAAAGGCGUUGAAAUUAGUUAAAACAAUAGCUUGGAUGAUACAGAUUUGGAAAAAUCAAUUAAUUUCCUUUUUGCUAAGAAGUUUUUUAAUGAAUUACUUUAAAAGAGCAAUUUAAGAUUGUUAAUAAUUGGAGCUUUUGGAGGAAGACUCGAUUAAACUAUUAGCAACUUGUCUAACUUAGUAAAAAUUAAUAAGCUCUUUAAAGAAAAAAAUCCAUUUUCCUAAUCUAUAAUCUAAAUGAUGGAUUAAUAUUCACUAGCUACUUGUUUGUUACCUGGUGAAUAUUAUUACAAAAGAGCUUUAAAAUUAGAGCAAACUAAGGGAUUGGGAGUUCUACCACUUGGUAAUUUUAACAAGGGCAAAAUUGAAUCAAAAGGCUUAAGAUGGAACCUUGAUGGACUUGAAUUUGAAUUUGGAUCUUUUAUUAGCACUUCAAAUGAAUUUGAUGAAAGUUAUGAAGGAAUACCAUAUUUUAAGACAGACUCCACAAUCUUUAUAAUGACAUGCAUAAACGAAAAUGUCUGA